UAUCAUAUAUAUAAAGAAUUGGAUUAGACGAAUGAUGCAUCUUAGAAAGGGUUGAAUUCACAAAUUAUUAUAUGGUUCGAAGAAGUAAUCCUUCCAUUAAGGGAGCGGAUUUGAUUUCCUUAGAACAAACUUCAACUCUUACCACUUUCCAUAUCUUUCAAGUGUGUUAGAUUUGCAGUUCAAUUUUGGAUCUUCUCUCAUAUCUCCAUCUGCAAACCUUCAAAUCACAUUGUUUAUCAAAUGCUUGAGCGCCUAAUCGGGUCAGGCGCUUCAUAUCUGUUGGAUCCUGUACUCCAUCGAGCGUCUAAUCGGGGUUAGAGGGUGCUAGUUACGUAAAUUAUUAUAUGCAUUCCUGUGAUACCUUCAUCUAUGUUUGGGGGUCCUGUGGCUCCUGUUAACAGUCCGCAUCUACGGAGGUCUGGCAGCCGAGCAGUUGUCUCUGAUCUUGGUGUGGUUGAGCUAGGAAGUGGCGGUGAAGAAGAAAUUUUGCAUUCAAUUGAGGUGAAUGAAAUGAAAGGUGUGAGCACACCAUUGAGCAGCACAGCAAUAUUGCCAUCUCCAACCUUGCUGUGGAGAUUUAAGGUUCUUCUGUUUUUGGCGUGGGGUUUCAGUUGCUGUAAGAUUGGGUGGCAUUCAGUCAUGAGAAUGAGUGUAAACCUGAGGGAUUUAUUUUUGUAUGAGGCUUUUCUUUACUAUAAUCCUCUUCUUCUCGUGACCUUGAUGGUUUGGUUUUGGGGUGCAAACUUGUGGGUAUUUGUGCAGUCUAAUGUCAACUACUCCAAAAUUUUUGACCUUGAUCAAAAUCAUCUCACUCAUAGAGAAAUUUGGAGGUGUGCAACCUGGAUGACAAUAAUUGUCCCAACUAGCAUGACAGCCUAUCUAUAUCUUUAUUCACACGGGGAAGUCUCAUUGGCUGCAUUCCAACCAGUGCUCCUAUAUGCUGCUUUAACCAUGGCACUGAUAUCACCUUUUGAUGUUUUCUAUUUAUCAACUCGCUACUUUUUCUUAAGGACUUGCUGGAGGAUAGUUUUCCCACUACAGGCAAUAUCUUUUGCUGACUUCUUUUUGGCUGAUAUUUUCACCUCCAUGUCUAAGGUUUUCUCUGAUUUGGAGCGUUCAGUUUGCCGGAUGGUUCAUCGCCAGGUGGCAACCAUUGCAUGGUUUGAAGCUGAUUCCGUUUGUGGCAGCCAUUCUGUUGCAAUUCCCAUAGUUCUUGUUUUACCUUAUAUCUUUCGUCUUUUUCAAUGUCUUCGGCAAUACAAGGACACAAGAGAAAAAACUGCCCUAUUUAACGCUCUGAAGUAUUCAACAGCAGUUCCAGUGAUUUUUCUCUCCGCACUAAAGUAUCACGUCUUUCCUGCUAAGUGGGUCAACACCUUUCGACCUUUGUGGCUAAUCUCCAGUGUUUUGAACUCUCUGUACUCAUUCUAUUGGGAUCUGACCAGAGAUUGGGACUUGAGUUGCUUCACACGCAUCUUCAAAUUUGGCAAACCAAAUUUCUUGUCAUCCAUGUUAUACGGACAGAAAUGGGUUUUCUUUUGGGUAAUCGGAAGCAACCUCAUCCUCCGGUGCACGUGGACAUACAAGCUUUCCGCCCAUCUCCGCCACAACUACCUAACCGUGUUUGCCAUUACCGCCUUGGAGAUCUUCCGACGCUUUCAGUGGGCGUUCUUUCGCGUGGAGAACGAGUGGAAUAAAAUGAGCAACAGAUCCAACAUUCAGCUCUCCAUGGGUGACAUGACAAAUGAAGAAGAGAAACUGCUGAACUCCAACGACCACAAUGUAUAGGCUGCAGCAGCAUCUGAUCUUCUGUAAUCAUCUGAACCAUUCAAUUCUUUGCUCUCUCUCACUUGCAUAUAAGAAUUUUGUCAGAUAUUACAUGGGGCCAUGGAUGGUAUUUAUAGUGUAGGUAGAUAAUGGAUGAAGAACUAUGGUUAGGUAAACUUUCAUGGCAAUUGAGAUUUGAACAUUCUUUUAAUGUGCUUCAACUCCAUCCA